AUGUUUUUCUAUUUAUACUUCAAAAAUAUUCUUAGAGUCAAUGCUUAAUCUAGCAACGAUGAUUAAACAACUAUAAAUUAUAUUUAUUCUACUUUUCCAAGCAGAGAAUUAAAUAUUAAUAACACGCUUGCGUCUUCUAAUAGAAUCAUUUACAAUAAUCAGUAGAAUAUUUUGCUCACUUCAUGGGGUAAUGGUGGAUUGGCAAUAUUUGAUAUUUAAUCUAGCAAUCUUGAGUAUUUUUUCCCUUCUACUUAGCUAAUUAGAGGGAUGGCUUUCACUCAAGAUGGAUUUAUCAUUAUUUUUAUGUAGAAAAAUUGCUUAAAUUCUUAUUAUUAUGAUAGAUAAUAAUUGAAGAGCAAAUUAGUCUUGAAAAGCUAAAGUUAGCAAAUCGAAGCAGAAGUUUUUGAUAUCAUUUUAACUAGUGAUGAGAAUGUUGCGAUCCUUCUUUAGAGCAAUGGAGUAAUAAGUGUUUAUGAUGUUAGACAAAAGAGAAAUGAUGGAGGAAAUUUUUUAUUUCUUGCUUAGAUUGAAGCUAAAUCUAAUUUAAUAUACAGAGGUGUACUUGAUGUAAGCGAAUAAUUUCUAUUUAUAGCUAAUGAUUAUUCAGGUAUGAUCAUGUUUAAUUUCAAUAAAUAGCUCAUACCAAACCAAAAAAACCCUAUCUCUUAGGAUAUAAAAAUAACUUUAUCAUAUCGAGCCUAAAUUCCUUCUGAUUGGUAAAUUGUAGACAUUGCUCUAACAAUCGAUUAAACUUACAUUUAUGCUGCAGAUUGUUGGAGUGGAAUUUAAGUUAUUUAUACUCACAGUGAUGAUCCUGCUAAUCAAUGGAUGCCCGAAUUAAAAGUAAAAAACUAUUGGCCAGACUUAAGUAGCACCAUACCUAUGUCUUUAAAGCUAACUUUAGAUAACUAAAAACUGUUAGUAGCUUCUAGAUAGCAAGGAGUGUUAAUUUUAGAUAUAUCAAAUAAAAGUAAUCCAGUAUUAUUUUAAAGAAUCAGUAUCAAAGGUCAUGCUUUUUCAGUUUAGUUGACUAAUUAAGAUUAACAACUAUUCUACGCAAAUGGAGAUACAAUAUUUGAAUACGAAAAAGUAACACCAAAUCUUAGUUAAGACAUCCCUAAUCUUAGCAAUGAUCAUAUUGCUAAAUUAUAUUAAAUUGGAAAUUAUCAAUACAGAUGGAGAUGCUAUGUUUCGUAGGAUGAUAGUUUUUUCUUUGGGGCAUUUGAUAAAGUAGGGCUAUUUGUCUACUCCUUAAAAACUGACCCAAAUAAUUAAGCUAUCAUAAAUCCUUAUCAAAUGAAGCAGGUAAAUCAUAUAAACUUUGUAGAACAAACCUCUAUCGAUUGUGUUUUAUUCUUUUACGAAGUAGAUUUAUUAUUCUUAGCUGUAUCAUAAGAAAGCUCGAAGCUCUUUGUAUAUAAAAUAAGCGAAGUAACAAAAUUAAAUAAUAAUUCGGUAUAGCCAAUUUUUAAAAUGCCUUUUAACAACUCAAAUACAAUUUCUGAAACCUUAGUAGCAAAUAAAAAUAAAACAAUGAUAGCAGUGACUGUUGACAAUGGUUUCUUAUUGAUUAAUUGUAGCAAUCCCUAAUAAAUAAAAAUCAUUUCGUAAUAUCUUGUUCCACCUCGAAUGAUAGGAAUAUGUAAUGGUAUUAUUUUUUCUGAUGAUUCUAAAUUUAUAAUUCUUGCAAUGAGGAAUUAUGGGUUUAUCUCAGUUGAUAUUUCCAAUCCUACUUAACCUUAAUUCGGAGAUGAAAUUUAAACACUAGGAGGUGAAUUCAUAUUAAGUAGCUUAACAAAAGAUAACUUUGCAUAUAUAAGUGAUGGAUACAAGGGGUUUGUUAUCUUAGAUCUAAAUUAACUUCCCAAUUUUAAAUUUGUUAGGUAUUAAGUAGAUGGAUGGCUAAACCAUAUAACACCUUUUUCAUUAGAAAAUUAUUUACUACUUUCUCACAUGGAUAAUGGUUAUAUAAGUCUUUUAAGUGUAGCAGACAAGAAAAAUCCGAUUACUCUUUCUAGGCAAUUUAAGUAAAAUCAGAACGCUAUGUCAUCUUGCCUCACCUAAGAUUAAAAACACCUUUUUAUAACAAACAACUUUGGAGUAAAUGUUAUUCCCCUACAAAGCGAGAUUAUGAUGCAUACCUAAGUUUUGUUAAUUAGUGGAAUAGAAAACGGAAAUAUUUCUUAUACGCCUUAUAACCUUUAAGAUAAUCUUCAAAUAGGGCAAAGUUUUUUAUUUUAAUUCAUACCUAUCUACCCAUAAAAUAGUUUAUUGCUUUAGAAUAUUCAAUAUUAGAGCCCAGAAAAUAUUUUGGUAGAUCCUCCUAGCUGGAUAAAUUAUCAUUUAUCUUCUUACUCUGUGUAGAUUGAUGCAGUUAAAGAGGGUUUAGGAUAAAAUGUUUCUUUACCUAAUUUGAACUCUAUUGUUUUGACAUUUCAAACUACUUUAGGUCCUGAUUCAUUUGUGUACUCAGACAUUGGAGAUGGUGUUACUACUGAUUCGACAAUGGGCUCGAACAUUAUGCAAUAUUUAGUUAACUAAGACAUAAUUAGUAACAACAGUUAUGCUUCUUCAAAAUUUUUAUCGUAACGAUAAAUUAAUUUUGCUGAAUUAAAUUUAGGAGGGAUAGAAAAAAAUCCAGCACUACAAGAAAGAAUCACUUUUACUAUACUUAGAUCAAUACAAAAAAAUCCUAUCAUGUUCUAUAUCGCACCUUCGUUAAAUUUUAAUGUAAGUACUGGAACUAUCAGUUCACUUUCUAACUAAGUGAAUUUAUACUUAAGCGUUGAUAAGUCACAGGCUCUAUUUAUCUAAAUACCAUAUGCUGGUGUGUUAUCUUCAUUUAACGACGAUGGUUCAUCUGUGAAAUUAGAAGGUAGUGCAUAAGCACUAAAUUUAUUAUUUUAAAAUUAAAAAAUAGUUUAUUUCUCAAAUUUAACUAGCAUCUCUGCAAUAAACAUUAGCUUUUACUUACAAGAUAACAUAAACUAUGACAUUUAAACUUGUUAUCUUUUAUCUGAUUUAGCUCUUCCUUAUAUUCCUCCUUAAUAAUAAAUAAAUAACACAAAAUUUUCUAAUGAUCCUACUAAAAUUUUACGAUAAAAAUUACACACAAUCAUGAAUCCCAAUGAAAAAAAACUUUAGCAAUAAUUUAAUUCAAUUUUUCCUAAUUCAGAAGUUUCUGUAGAAGAAAGUGUUUCAUUUGAAUUUUCUGAAUCUACGUUUGAAAGUCCAGAUGGACUUCAGUUGACAUACGAGAUUCUUUACAGCAAAGAUAACCAAGAUUAUACCUAAUUAAAUGGAUAGCUUUGGUUAUAACAAUCCUCUCGAUCUUUAAAAUUUCAAGGAACGCCACCCAUAUCUAUGUUUAAUACAGACGUAUACAUUAAAGUAAUAGCUUCUGAUGGUUAUACUCUGUUUAUGAUAUAUUUGUAAUUUAAAUUCGUAAGCUUCUUCCUUAAUGCAAUAUUCAAAAGAAGAAAUAUUUACUCAACUGAGUUAUGCAUUGUCAAUAGUUUUUUUUGCAAAAAAAUUACACUGCUGGGAGACGAAAAUGAAAAAGCUAUAUGCCUUUUCAACUCAUUAAAAAGACAUAUGAAUAUAAAAUAGAAAAAGAAAAAGAAAACCAAGAGACCCACACUGAAAGCAAAAUCAAUCCUUGUCUAUGGAUUGAGUAUAAAUUCUAACAAAGGAGAAUUGGAAGAGGAAGAAAACAAGAAAUAAAAUGCUAAAAAUUAAGAAAAUGAGAAUAUUGAAGAAGUUUAAUAAGAAAAAUCUUUAAAAAUAGUAAAUUGCGACGAACUAAACUAAAAUUUUGUUGGGUUGAGUAAAAAUAAUAGUAUGCAAAGUAACUUUAGAAUAAGUAAUAUGAAUUUGAACGAAUUCAGUAAUAACAUUAUGAAUUUUGCUGCUCUAAGUGCUGCAGCAAAAGAUGACAAGUCUUAACUAGAUAUGAGCUCUAAUUUAAAUAAGUCAAAGCUUCAAAGAGCCUAUCAAAUGAGCGAACUUAGAGAGAACUAACUUUUAUUUAUUAAUAGACUAAAACAAAUCAAAAAGCCAAAAAACUCACUGAACCCAAUAAUCAACUAGUUCUCCAGAGCUGAUGGAAGCAUCAGAUUCUCUAAAAUUAUUUAAUACAUGAUAUAAGAAAAGAUAACUUUUAGCUACAACAAUGAAGAGUAUUAAGCAAAAUCUUUGAUCAAAGAUUUAAAAGAUUAACAAUCUCGUCUUUAUAAGUGUGUAAGAGCUGUCAUAGCUAGAUACGUUCUUUAGUUUGACGAGAGGACAGAGUUAUUUUUCGAAUUUCUCAAAGAAGAAGCAUAUAGCAGAUUUAAUUACACUUAAAAAGAUUGGUACAAACAUUACACAUAAAUAAUUUGCUCCUCCUCUAUUAUGAAUGAAAAACUUUAAGUAAUUUGCUUUCCUAGUGUUUUAAUCAAAAAGGAUGUCAUUAAAUAAACUCUUGUCAAUCUUAGACUGAUAAAUUAAAAUGAAGCGAUGGAAAAAGCUAUUUCUAAAGAUUUUAUUAACUUGAGCUUGGUAUAUGAACUCCUUAUUGCUGAAGCUCUUGGUUUACUUGAUUAUACUCCAAACGCUUUCUCCAAAAGCUAAGGUGAAUCCAUUCAUUUAAAUUUCUUUUAGAUUAGUUCAGUCGAAGCCUUCAAAGCAAUUAAAAAUCCACGCUGUUAGGGCCUCAGAAAAAUGAUGAAUAUGACACUUGCCAAUUAUGGAGCUACUUAAAAUAUGAAAUUACCUAACUGGAUCAAAUUUGACUAAAAAUCUGGCUGCAUCAUUUUACAAGGUGUUCCUACAUCAUCUGAUUUAGAAGAUAUAACCAUCAGGAUACUUGAUAAAUAAAAUUUUAUAAUUAGGGAAUUCCCACUAAAAGUGGUUGAUGAAGAAAAGGAAAUACAAUAUGAAUUUGAUGUAGAUUCCAUAGCCAAUACAACAAGAAAAAGUUUCUCCUAAGACUAUAUAACAAGUACAAAUUUAAUCUAUAAAAACUAUUUCUUUUCAGAAUUAGGCUCUCCAACUUAGUUUUAAAACUCUUCUAAUAACUAAACAAAGCCUUCAUUAUUCUCUAACUUCAAUAAUCCUUCUCUUAUCAAUAAUAAAUCCUAAAAGGGUCCUCCCUCAAUAUUUAAGAAAGAACCAGAUAUAGAAAAUAAUGGAAAUUAACAAGAUUCUAAAGAAAAGUAGUAAUGUUCACCAAUAUAUUCUUAAGACGAAUGCAAUGACCCAAGCUAAUAAGAUCCUGUUAACGAAAAAGACAAUGCUUCUUCUUCGUUUUACACAUAAAAAUAGAUAUAAGGCCCAUCCUCUAAGAUUGAAGAAAGCUUAGAGCUAGAUAAAAACUGCCCUAAUGAAUCCCCUAAAUAAAAAAAGGGCCAAACAUACUUGAUAGAAAAUGAUUUUGUUGAGACAAAAUAAAAAUAAAUUGGAUUAAAUAUGAAAAUGGAAACAUUUGGAAUGAUAUAAAAGAGUAAAUCUAUAAAAACCCAACAAAUCAUAGACUCUCAAGACGAAAAAAUAAUCGAAGAAUAAAGCAUCAUAGACUAAAGCAAUUAAAAAUAAACUCCUAAUUAAUUUCUUCAUAGUCAAAAUAAUAGAGAAUGCUUUUACCAACAAAGAUUUUCAGAUUAUAUUUAAUAAUGA